UGACGUCAGCACGUCCCGAGUCCGCCGCCUGGCUGCGCGCUGUUUACAUGUGAGAGUUCCUGGUUUAGCUGCGCAGCGGCGUCCUCAGCAUGAUCAAGACCGAGAAGGUUCUGCACCUGAAGAGCAGCCGGGGCCGGAAGGUUCGGGUGGUUCGGGAGCACUACCUGCGGGAGCGGGUGCCCUGCUUCAGCUCCCUGUGCCAGGCGGGCUGUGACAACGAUGGAAAGGUUCUGCCCGGAGAUCUGACCCACUACGUGGUGCCGGACGCCGAGGUGGUGGUGAACUUCCUGGAGGUUCUGGAGCUGACGGAGCUGCAGGGCGUCGUGUUCACGCAGACGGCCUGCCAGGCUCUGCACAGCAAGGGUCGCAGGUUCUACAACCGACUGAGGAGUCUGCUGAGGGACCCGCGGCACGACUGCGUCCUGUUUGCCAACGAGUUCCAGGAGUACUCCUACCGCCCCAGAGAGAAAGGAGAGAGCCAGGAGAGGUGGCAGAGCAGGUGUGUGUACGCCGCAGCAGCGUGGUACUACCACCACCUGGCCGGGAUGAUGAGCGUGGUGAUGGUCACUGAGGACCAGGAAGCCGUGUCUCGCUUCAGCAGCCUCAACUCCGGAGUGUUCGUCAUCAGCUUCCAGGACUACCUGCAGAACUUCUGGCCCGGUUUGCAGGCGGCCCAUGAGCUCUACGCCUCCAUUUCUCAGGCGCUGCAGGAGAAGGAGGCCGAGGACUCCAGCAGAGAGUUCUCAGAACAUCUGCCUGCUGAGGUUCUGGAGGCGGGGAUCAAAUCUGGACGCUUCAUUCAGGGAACCCUGAACGUCAGCAAACACCGGGCCCAGAACGAAGCGCUUGUCACCAACGAGGGUCUGUCCUCCAAGAACCCCGAUCUGAGCGGCGGCGUGCUGGUGUUCGGUUCUAAGAGUCGGAACCGGGCCGUGCACGGCGACGCGGUGGCGGUGGAGCUGUUGCCGAGGAGCGAGUGGCGAGGGAAGGUGACGGCUCUGACGGAGGGCCAGGCGGAGGAGAAGAGCGGCGAGGACGGCGAGACCAAGCCCAUGCCCACAGGCCGCGUCGUGGGGAUCCUGCAGAGGAACUGGAGGGACUACGUGGUGACGUUCCCCCCCAGGGACGGAACCCAGAACCAGAGCAGGAACAGCCAGCGGAUCCUGGCCGUUCCCUGGGACCGCCGGAUCCCCAAGAUCCGGAUCAGCACCCAGCAGGCCGACGCUCUGCAGGACCACCGGGUGGUGGUGCGGAUCGACUCCUGGCCCAGCACCUCGCUCUAUCCCAACGGACACAGCGUGCGGGUUCUGGGUCGAGCCGGCGAGCUGGAGACCGAGGUCCAGACCAUCCUCCUGGAGAACUGCAUCCACGUGGCGCCGUUCUCAGAAGCACAGCUGAGGGAGAUGCCGCUGAACUCGCCGGAGCAGCCGUGGUCCGUGGACCCUGUGGAGGCGGGCCGGCGCCGGGACCUCAGGGAGACCCACCUGGUGUUCAGCAUCGACCCGCGGGGCUGCGAGGACGUGGACGACACGCUGUCGGUGCGGCGCCUCGCCGGCGGGGAGCUGCUGGAGCUGGGGGUCCACAUCGCCGACGUCACUCACUUCGUCAGCGAGGGCUCGCUCACCGACCUGGAAGCCCGGUCCAGAGCCACCACCUACUACCUGGCGGACCGGCGCUACGACAUGCUGCCAGGUGUGCUCAGCGCCGACCUGUGCUCGCUGCUGGGCGGAGUGGACAGGUACGCCGUGAGCGUCCUCUGGGAGCUGGACGCUCAGAGCCUGGCCGUCACCAGCGUGUGGUUCGGUCGGACCCUGAUCCGGUCCUCCUACCAGCUCCACUACGAGCUGGCCCAGGCGCUGCUCAACGGGGAGGAGGCAGAAGUUCCUGAGCUGGCCCGGCUCGACCCGGAGGAGCGGCACGCCAAGCUGAGCGAGCUCACCGAGGCGCUGGAGAAGCUGACGCACGUCGCCAGACACCUCCGGGCUCAGAGGGACCGGGGAGGAGCGCUGGAGCUGGAGGGGGUGGAGGUCCGGGCCCAGCUGGACGAGGAGAAGAACAUUACUGCGCUGGUUCCUCGCCAGCCACUGGAGGUCCAUGAGACCGUGGCAGAGUGCAUGAUCUACGCCAACCACUGGGUGGCGCGCAAGAUCCAGGAAGCCUUUCCCUAUCAGGCCCUGCUGAGGCGUCACCCGUCGCCACGCCAGGAGUUGUUCAGACCGCUGGUGGAGACGGGCCGGGCCAGAGGCUUCACCAUCGACACCAGGACCAACAAGGCCCUAGCCGACUCUCUGGACCGGGCCGUGGACCCCCAGGACCCGCUGGUGAACAGGCUCCUGAGGAUGAUGGCCACCCAGGCCAUGUCCCAGGCGGUGUACUUCUCCACCGGCGCUCAGCCGGAGGACCAGUUCUACCACUACGGUCUGGCUCUGGACCGCUACACGCACUUCACCUCCCCGAUCCGCCGCUACGCCGACAUGGUGGUCCACCGCCUCCUGACCGCCGCCCUGCUGCUGGAACAGGGGGCGGAGCCUGGCAAAACGCCCGCCGGCAACAAAGACUUGGAGGAGCUGGCCGAGCACAUCAACAACAGGAACCGGGCGGCCCAGCGAGCACAGAAACUUUCCGUCGGACUGUUUCAGUGCCUCUUCUUCAAAGAACGAGAUCCUGCGACGGACCCGCGCUGCGUGGCCGACGGCGUCAUCUACGCCAUCCGAGACAACGGCGUCUUGGUCUUCAUCCCAGAGUAUGGAGUGAAGGGCCCCGUCUACAUGAGGAACAAAGAGGGCCAGGUGGCGACGACGGGCCCCGACGGUACCUGCGAGUGGCAGAGCGGCUCCGUUCGGCGGUACCCGGACCACAUCGUCACCACGUCUGGCUGCGGCAGCGCCACCUUCAGGCUGUUCGACCACAUCACGGUCCGGAUCUCGGUCCUGUCCACAAACUGCCACGCCGACACCCUGAACCUGGAGGUCAUCAGCAACAAGCCGCACCGCGGGCCGGCGCCGCCCAAGCCCGGCUCGCAGGGCCGCAGCCAGCUGGUCCAGGAGGUGGUCCGGUUGGCCGAGGAGGCGCAGGAGAAGGCGGCGCAGCACCGACCCAAACUCUCCAGGGAGGAGCGGGAGUACCGGCAGAGCAGAACCCCCAACCUGUACUCCAUCCUGGAGGAGAUCCGAGAGCUGGCGCUGAUGGACCCGGACGCGGCCGCGAGGGUCUGCGCCGCCAGCGUCUAGAGGCGCCGCCCGGGUUUGGACCGCUCGCCUGCUGCAGAACCACCCUGAAGUCAGAGGAGAAGACCCACCAGAACCAAGGAGAGAAAUGUUCUGGUUCUGGAACUAAGACAAAACCGGCGGUAGAACAAACUCUGAUUCUGACCCGGUUUCAUUUAAAACCAACUGUUUAUUAUUAUUAUUAUACAUUUUUACAUUAAAACAACUAAACC